AUGACUUUGUCCUGCACCUCUGACCAUCAGUUUGAAAUGUUCCAUUUGUCCAGGGAAGGGGUACCUCAGGGACAUGGGCUUCCUGCAGUCCAGAGCCACAAUGGGAUAUCCAAGGCCAUCUUCCUUCUUGAUCCUGUGAUCAAGAAAGGGACGUAUAGAUGCUAUGGCUCUUUCAGGAAUUUCCCCCAUGUGUGGUCAUCCCCAAGUGACCCCUUGUACAUUGCUGUCACGGGAAUUAAUAACAAACCUACACUGACUGCCUGGCCAAGCCAUGUUAUUCCUCAGGGACAUAAUGUGACCCUCACUUGUGACACUCACAGUGUGUUUAACAUAGUCAAGUUGUACAAAGAGCAUGGGGAUCCUAAAUUUCAGGUCUAUAAUGGAAUGUUCCAGAGGAGUCUUCUCUUGGGGCCUGUGACACCAGCAUUUGGAGGAACCUACAGAUGCUAUAGUUAUAUACCUCAAUACCAUAAUGAACUCUCAUCACACAGUGAGCCUCUGAAGAUCAUAAUUUCAGGAAUCUACAGGAAACCUUUCCUUCUGGCCCUACCAACUCCUCUGAUAAAAUUAGGAGAGAAGGCGACAUUGAAGUGCCACUCAGAGAUUAUGUUUGACAUUUUCAUUUUGACUUCACAUAGAAUGGGAAUAAACAAGGACUCUUAUCAGCUCUCUGCAGAAUAUCAUUUUGGAGGAUCCAAUGCCAACUUCCUAAUAGGACCUGUGACACCUGAGCAUGCUGGAACUUACACAUGCUAUGGUUCUUACAAGCAAACACCAUAUGAGUGGUCUGAUUCCAGUGACCCUGUUGACAUAAAGAUCACAGGAAUCUACAGGAAGCCUUUCCUCCUGGCCCUAACAACUCCUCUGGUAAAAUUAGGAGAGAAGGCAACAUUGAAGUGCCUAUCAGAGAUUAUGUUUGACACAUUCACUUUGACUGCAUGUAGUAUGGGAAUAAGCAAGGACUCUUACCAGCUCUCUGCAGAACCUCAUAUUGGGGGGUCCCAUGCCAACUUCCCAAUAGGUCCUGUGACACCUGACCAUGCUGGGACUUACACAUGCUAUGGAUCUUACAAGCAAACACCAUACGAGUGGUCUGAAUCCAGUGACCCUGUUGACAUAAAGAUCACAGGUUUAUACAAGAAACCUUCCUUGUCUGCCCUGAUGGGAACUGUGGUGACAUCAGGAGAGAACAUGACCUUGUCCUGCAUCUCUGAACAUCAGUUUGACAUGUUCCAUCUGUCCAUGAAAGGGGUUCCUCAGGGACAUGGGUUGCCCGCAGAGCAGAGCCACAGUGGGACAUUCCAGGCCAACUUCCUUCCUGUUCCUUUGAUCCAGGCAGAGACGUAUAGAUGCUAUGGUUCUUUCAGGAACUCUUCCCAUGUGUGGUCAUCCCCAAGUGACCCACUGUACCUUUCUAUCUCAGCUUCUGCAAGCCAUCUGAGCCUAGGCUGUUUCCUUUCAGAAUUUCCCAUUCCUACCAUAUCUGCUGCCACAAGUCCUGUGGUUCCCUGGAAUGGGUCUGUGAGGAUCCUCUGCCAGGGAAUUCCUGAAGCCUUCCUGUACCAGUUGUCUCUGAUGAAAAACUCCACACACACAGUUAUAGAGAAGAAACUGGGAUUUCAGAAAGAGGCCGAAUUCAUCAUCAACCACAUGAAUACAACCACAGCCGGAUGUUAUCAGUGUCAGUACAGGAAUAAGGACCACUGGUCAGAGUAUAGCAAACCCCUGGAGCUGGUGGUGACAGGCUUUUACAAUGAACCUGUCCUCUCCGCAGACCAAAGCCGUGUGCUGAUAGCAGGAGAAAGCAUUUCCCUCCAGUGCAGUUCAGCACACGACCUGUUCAGCAGAUUUUCACUGGUCAAGGAGGGAGAUGCUUCUUUGCCGCAGCACCAACAUGAAGGCAAAUUCACUCUUGGUCCCGUGAACCCUAACUUCGCCGGAAAUUACAGGUGCUACGGCUGGCACAACAGCAGUCCCUAAGUGUGGUCAGCCCCUAGCAAUGCCCUGGAGCUCAUUGUCACAGACUCCAAGAAGCAAGGUUACAUGAUGGAGAAUUCAGUCCGGAUGAGUAUGGCAGGGCUGGUGCUUGUGGUCCUCUUGGUGAUACUAGCUGAAGACUGGAACAGCCACAGGAUAUCACAAAGAAGACUGUCAGGAAUUGACUGCACCAAGACGGAGCAGACAGUGACUGUGGGUGGGGAUGGGAGCUAUAGGUGGGGAGGCUUCUUGCAAAACGGAAAAGCAAUUAGAGGCUCAGAUCCAUUUGCAGAAUGCAAGGCAUGUGUAAAGUAUCCACCACCCAUGUGUUUGAACACUGGCUCCCCAGCAGAUGGUACUGUUUAUGAGGAUGUGUAAACUUUAAGAUGUGCUAUAAGUAGGUCACUGGGGCUACUAUUUAAAUGUUAUACUCACUUCAGGUUCCCACCUAGCUCUCUGCCACUGUAUACUCCUGUGGAGCUGCUCCUAUUUCAUGCUUUCCUGCCACAAUAGAAUACUCCCUCUGAAAACAUGAGCCAGAAUUAGCCUUGCCUUCCUUUCUUUCAAGACAAAAAUAAAUUAAGUAGUACACAGAGUUAUCACGCGGUGUGGUCCUAGGUGGAUCUGAUGCUAUUUCUUUUCUCCUGGUUAGUAUUCAGGUUAGUUAUAAAUACAUUUUUCUUUUAUUUGUGAGAUUAUAAUAUAACUACAUCCCUUGGUUAGGUCUUUUUGUUUUUCAACUCAACACAAGUGAGGGUCAUGUGGGAAGAGGAGACCUCAACUGAGAAAAUGUCUCAAUCAGAUUGCCCUGUAGGCAAUUCUGUGAAAUAUUUUCUUGAUUAACAUUUGUCAUGAGAGGGUCCAGCUCACUGUGGGUGGUGCCACCUUGGACAGGUGGUUCUGAGUUUUAUGAAAAGCAAACUGAGAACGGCAUAAACAGAAAGCCAGUGCACUGUACUCUUCCAUGACCUCCGUUUCAGUUCCCGCCUCUGUUUCAUCCCUUGAGUUCCUACAGUG